UAGAAGCCUUCCACUAUCAUCGAAACCAAACCCAGCUGGCGGUUUAGGUAAUAGAGUAGUAGCAUGGCUACACACUUUUCUUGAACCCAAACCCGAAUUCGAAUCAAAGCCAUUACCUCUCUUCUUCUUGGAGAAUACAGUGGGGAUAUUAACAAUGUCACGCAAACAAGUUCGGGUUUUGGCUACUCUUACUAGUGGUCUUGGCAAGAUUAUGUCUUGGAUGCACG